AAGCAUGGUAAUUGCUGGAUCUGUCUCUCCCUGUGCAACUUCUCAUGCCGGUGGCCUUGGUCAUAUCAGGUGUCUGAAGGGGGCAGGUUCUGAGCAUGUGUCCUGAUGGCUGCUGGAGCUUCUACUCCCGAUUCAAGGGCAGCAGUCUUCAGGAAACCACAACACUUCACUUCCUGGUGGAAUAUGACGCCUGGCUCUACCAGACAGGGGUCCAUACGGCGUUGUUCUGUAUUCCCAUCGGAACUUAAAGGGAAACUUUCACAAUGUCCGGAGUCUUGAUGUCCUGCAAAUGAAGGAGAAGGAUGUCCUCAAAUUCCUUGCAGCAGAAACCCACUUAGGUGGCACCAACCUUGACUUCCAAAUGGAACAGUACAUCUACAAAAGGAAAAGUGAUGGCAUCUACAUCAUAAAUCUGAAGGGAACCUGGGAGAAGCUUCUGUUGGAGUCUCGUGCCAUUGUUGCCAUUGAAAACCCAGCUGAUGUCAGUGUCAUAUCCUCCAGGAAUACUGGCCAGCGAGCUGGGCUGAAGUUUGCUGCUGCCACUGGAGCCACUCCUAUUACUGGCUGCUUCACUCCUGGAACCUUCACUAACCAGAUCCAGGCAGCGUUCCGGGAGCCAAGACUUCUAGUGAUUACUGAUCCCAGGGCUGACCACCAGCCUCUCACUGGGGCCUCUUAUGCUAACCUGACUACCAUUGCUCUGUGUAACGCAGACUCUCCUCUGCGAUAUGUGGACAUUGCCAUCCCAUGCAACAACAAGGGAGCUCACUCAGUGGGUCUGAUGUGGUGGAUGCUUGCCUGGGAAGUUCUGCGCAUGCGUGGCACCAUCUCCCGUGAACACCCAUGGGAGGUCAUGCCUGAUCUCUGCUUCUACAGAGAUCCUGAAGAGAUUGAAAAGGAAGAGCAGGCGGCAGCUGAGAAGGCUGUGGCCAAGGAGGAAUUUCAAGGUGAAUGGACUGCUCCAGCUCCUGAGUUCACUGCUACUCAGCCUGAGGUGGCGGACUGGUCUGAAGGUGUGCAGGUGCCUUCUGUGCCUAUUCAGCAGUUCUCCACUGAAGACUGGAGUGCUCAGCCUGCCACUGAAGACUGGUCUGCAGCUCCCACUGCUCAGGCCAUUGAGUGGGUAGGAACAACCACUGAGUGGUCUGAAACUGUUCUUCCACAAACUCAAAAUGUAAAUAGGUUGAUGGAAAAUAAACAGUUUCUAAAAAAACAAAAGAAAUAUGCUACGUUGUUUUUCCUAGCAAUCUGUGAUUGUACCAUGGAUUCUUCCCUGAUCACCACAUUUUUAUCCAUUGCGUAACAAAAUGUUUAAAUGCCAAAAUGUUUCCAAGUGUUAGUAUAAAAUGUCAGUUAUGAGGAUUUAGUAUUUUGAAAAAUAAUAAUUACUCUAGAGCUUCCCUAUUAUAAUAAUAUUCAGCCAUAUCCCCUAAAAUAACCGGAUAUUCUAAAAUAUCUUUAUGAUUAUUUUCCAAGAAAUAAUAGUUUUAGUCUGUACUUCAGAAGGACAUGUGCAUCAACUUUCACUAAAUAUUUCAACAUACCUCAUUGCAAAAGAUGAUUUCUAUUUUGGUAAUAUGUGGUGUAGAUGAAUUUGGUGAGACAUGGUGUGGACCUAUUAAUAUGAUAAGAGCAUAUUGAUGGGUAUUGUUCUCCUGGUUAUUUUAAUUGCAUCAAAGACUUAGAAAAAUAUAUUUUAAAUGCUUUAUUGACCUAUGAUUGACAUACAAUACAUGGCACACAUUUGAACUGUAUGCUUUAAUACGGUUUUGUAUAUGUCUACAUCAUGAAACCAACACUACAGCAGAGAUAAUGAACUUCCUCGUGCCCCUUUGUAAUCUCCCACCCACCUGCCUCUGGCCUCCAACUUCCUCCCCUGGACCUUUCCUGUUCCCAGGCAACCACUGAACUUCUGUCACUAUUAAUUAAUUUCAUCGUGAUUUUAUGUAAAUAGAAUUGUAUAGAAUGUACUUUUUUCCUAGCUUCUUUCAUUCAGCCUAUUUCUAGAUUUACCCAUUUGUUGCCUGUAUAGAUAGUUUCUUUUUAUUGCUGAGUAGUAUUCUAUUAUACAGAUAUAUCACAGUUUGUUUUAUCCAUUAACCUGGUGAGGGAUAUGAGGUUGUUUCCAACAUGAAGCUCUUUUAAAUAAAACUGGUAUGAACAUUUGGGUUUAAGUCUUUACAGGGACACAUGCUUUCUUUCUGUAGGGUAAAUACUUAGGGGUUCAAUGGCUGGAGCAUAUGGUAGAUGUAAGAUUAAUGUUGUAAGAAAUUACCAAACUGGUUCUGAAGUGGUUAUACCAUUUUUCAUUCCCAUCAGCAGUGUAUGAGGGUUUGAUCCUCCACAAUAUCGUCAGUGCUUAGUAUGGUCAGCAUUUUUAAUUUUGGCCAUUCUCAUAGGGGUGUAGUGAUAUCUCACUGUAAUUUUAAUUUACAUUUCCAUAUUGACGAAUAAUGUUGAUCACAUUUUCAUGUACCGAUUUGCCAUUUAUAUAAUUUCUUAGGUGAAGUGUUGGUUCAAAUCAGUCACAUGCCAGAGAGGUCAUACACAAAACAGACCUGGAAAGUAGAAAGGAAUUAGCAAACAGUUUGGUGAGUCACUGUAAUAAGGGUAGGAAAAAAAAGAAAAUCAUGGCUUUUCCUUUGUAAAAUGUAGUCAGUGUUGAUAGAUACCCCCCUGGUGGUCAGAUCUAGAACUGUAGCUCUGAAAGUCUCAAGGCAGCAGGCAAUGGAAGGGGAAGGGAGGGAGAAAAGGGUAUGAAAUAACCGGCCCACAGUCUUCAAAAAUGUCGAGGUCAUGAAAGUCAAGACAAAACGGAGGAACUUUGCUAGACUGUGGAAAACUAAAGAGACACCACAGUACAAGAUUCUGUCCUGGAUCCUUUUGCUAUGAAAGACAUCGUUAAGACAACUGGCAAAACUUGAACAGGGUCUGAGGAUUAGCUUGUGAUACAUUUUAUUAAUGAUAAUUUCAUGAUUUUGAUGGUUGUCUUCUGGUUAUAUAGGAGAAUGGUCUUGUCUGUAAGACAUACACUCUAAAGUAUUUGGGAGCUAUGGGGCAUCGUGUUGGCAACUUGCUCUCAUAUGGUCCAGGGAAGGGGGUGGGGCAGGGGAUUCUUUGUUUUAUACCAGCAAAUUUUCUGUAAGUCUGUGAUUUGUUUUUAACAACAACCAAAAUCAAGGAGCAUGUCUUGUUUUCAUCAGAAACAUGGGCUCAUUUAUAUAGAUAAGGGCUGAAAGGAACUCCUUUGGGUUUUACAACAAUGAUGCCAUUGGUGACCUUGUUGAGAGCAGAUUCAGCUGAAUGGAGAGGCAAUAGACAGGGGUGGGUUGAGGAAUGACAGGGAGGUUAGAAAGUGGAGACAGUGAAUAUAGUUCCCCCUGCUUUGAGAAGUUUGUUGUUUAUGAAAAUGAGGAGAGAGGGGAGGAUGUGGCUUAGGAAUAUUGAUUUGUAGGGAAGGAUUUUUGGUAUAUUUGUUUAGCUAUUCAUUGGAAGGAGAAACAUAAGCCAGUUCGUAUUAAUUUUGAAAAGGAAAGGCCUUGUAAAGAAAAUAGAGAGUUCAAGGUCUAAAAGUUGAUGAAGAUAAGAAAUGCUCAGCCUUUAGUUUUUCUGACUCUUCUGCAUUGCCAGGACAGUGAACAAACACUGAAUUCAGUAUUUUCAGGUGGCUGGGUGUGGAGGAUGUUCUCCUACGAAAAGGUCUUUCUAUACAGCUCUUCAUAUAACAUACAAUAUAUAUAAAUUAUACAUACACCAAAUUACAGCAAUGGAUAUUUCCAGGGUUGCGGCGAAAUAUAGAUGUUAUGUACACUUCCGUGUUGUUCGAAUUUAU